GUUUAAUAUCCUGCAUUCAGUCUGACUUGCUUUCAUCCUGCAGCCAGAUCACAGAGGAGAAAACAGAGAGCAGAUUUAAAUAAACAUGGCGGACGGUGUUCUGGAGGAGGUUUUCAUAAAACGAUCCCAGCAGAAGAAGAAGACUUCACCUUUAAACUUUAAAGAAAGGCUCUUUGUACUCACACAUGAUAAGAUCUCCUACUAUGACUAUGAUGCUGAAAAAGCGAAAAGGAAAAGCCUGAAAGGUUAUGUGGACAUUGAAAAGAUCAGAUGUGUGGAGGUUGUUUUACCAGAAGACAGUGCACCUCCUGACCGGCUCUACCCAUUUCAGAUUAUCUAUGAUGAAGGCCCUCUUUAUGUAUUUGCUAAGUCAGAUCAAAUCCGAAAGCACUGGAUACAUGAACUUAAAAAUGUGGUGCGGUUCAACAAGGACCUGAUGCAGAAGUACCACCCUUGUUUUUGGGAAGACGGCCUGUGGAAGUGUUGCCUGCAGGAGGUCAAGCAGGCUAUGGGAUGCAGGGUGCUGGACACCAAAAAUGGAGGGGUUUUCAAAAGAGGAUCUAAGAACCGCGAUUCCAGGAAGCCUCUUCCACCAACACCUGAGGAGGAAAAGCCAGCCAGGCCUUUGCCCCCCGAGCCACCCAUGCCUCCAUCCUUCAGCAUAGGCAUGACUGUUAUAGCUGAAUACGAAUACGCACCAAUGACUACCAAUGACUUAGAGCUGAGGAAGGACGAGGAGUACACACUUUUGGAAAUCUCUGAUGUCAAUUGGUUUAAAGCUAGAGAUAAAUAUGGAAACGAAGGCUACAUACCGAGUAACUACAUCGCUCAGGCUUUGAAUGGAUUGGAGAAAUAUGAUUGGUACUGCAAGAACAUCAACCGCAGUCAGGCAGAAAAUUUACUGAAAACAGAAAAUAAAGAUGGCGGUUUCUUGGUGAGGGACUCUGGCAAAUUCACAGGAAAAUACACAGUUUCUGUGUUCACCAAGGCUGGAGGGGAGACUUCUGGCAGCUGCAGACACUACAACAUACUGCUCACUGCAGACGGCCAGUUCUAUCUAGCGGAGAAGCACAACUUUAGCAAUAUCCCAGAACUUAUUAAUUACCAUCAGCACAAUGCCGCAGGUCUGGUGAGCAGACUAAAAUACAUUGUGUCUAAUCGGGCUCAGAAUGCCCCCUGCACUGCUGGUCUGGGUUAUGGAUCUUGGGAGAUCGAUCCACGCCAGCUUACAUUUAUCAGAGAACUUGGAAAUGGACAGUUUGGUGUGGUAAAGUAUGGGAAAUGGCAAGGCCGUCAUGACGUGGCCAUUAAAAUGGUCAAAGAGGGCUCAAUGUCUGAAGAUGACUUCAUUGAAGAGGCCAAGGUCAUGAUGAAACUCUGUCACCAAAACCUGGUACAGCUCUAUGGUGUGUGCACGAAACAAAGGCCCAUCUACAUAGUCACAGAAUAUCUUGCAAAUGGAUGCCUGCUGAAUUACCUGCAGGAGGUACUCUCAAACCCCACGGGUAUUGAGCUUCUUGAGAUGUGCAAAGAUGUCAGCGAGGGCAUGGCCUACUUAGAGGGCAAUCAGUUCAUCCAUAGAGACCUGGCUGCAAGGAACUGUUUAGUGGACUCAAAUGGAACCAUUAAAGUGACUGAUUUUGGAUUGUCAAGAUAUGUUCUGGAUGAUGAAUACACCAGCUCUGCUGGUUCAAAGUUCCCAGUGCGCUGGUCACCUCCUGAAGUCCUCCUUUACUGCAAGUUCAGCAGCAAGUCAGACAUCUGGGCAUUUGGCGUUUUGAUGUGGGAGAUUUACACUCAGGGCAGAAUGCCGUACGAUCGGUGGAACAACACAGAGAUUGUGGAGAAGGUUUCUACAGGUUAUCGGCUUUAUCGUCCACAAAUGGCCAAUGACAAAGUCUAUGCUAUUAUGGACAGCUGUUGGCAUGAGAGACCCGAUGAGAGGCCCACAUUCCUGGAUCUUGUUGCGGUCAUCAAGGAUUUGCUUUUCAAUAUGCAAUAGAUAUAACUACUGUGCAUCUGUAGACAUAAAGGAUACAGUCCACCUAAUGCAAUCAAGAAUCAUGAUGAAAGCUGUCUUGAAUAACCUUCUCAAUUCAUUUCUUUUACCUGAGGAACCCAAUAAUGUGAAUGAUAAGUUACAUACUUUUUCGUAUAUUAGUUAAGGUUGAAACAUUUUCUAAAACAGGAGAUUGAAAUGUAAUUUCUCAUUAGAUAUUUCCCCUCCCCCCUCCUCUUCCUUCUGCAUCUUCCUUAAAGCUCUGCUGUAUUUAUAAAAAUCCUUUCAGUUUCAUCUAAAAAUAAAAUUUACUUUUUAACAUUAUUACAAUUAUUAUAACAAGCAAAAAUAACAGUGAAAACUGUACGCAUGCGUAUGCAUAAUGCCUGUGUGUUGAUUUUUGUUGAUUUGGCUGUGUAUU